UGUAUCGUUCAUUGUUUUUUUAAUUGUUAUAUUUUUUAAUAAAGCAUCAAUAACAAAAAAUAACACAAUUUAAAAUGGACUACAAACAAACAUGUAGUUAUGGCUCUUCCGUCAAAAUAUCAAAUUGGCAAGAUCGAAUGUUGUCUUAUCCGCUCGAUAAUUCAAACCCAAAGUCAAUAGGGUCAUCGCAUUAUCGAGCUUUAGGAGAUUCAAAUCUUCUUUUCAUUCCGAAAACAACAACUCAAGAACAACAAGAAUCUGGAAUACUAACUAAAUCUGAAGCACGGCAAGUUGCCAAGGCUGAAAUUAAUUUUGUUUCGUAUCCUAUGAAUGAUUUUCGUUUCGAAAAUUAUGGUCCCAAAGAAUCUCUGUACGUCGAGCCUAAGAUAACAACUUAUCAGGAAGUCUUCAAACCACCGCGACCAUUGACUAAGAAAUUAGAUUGCUGUGAAAAAGUCUUACAUCCACUUUUCAAUAAAAAGCCAAAAAAUGAUUUUGAAAUGCUUCCUACAUCAACAAAUAUGUUCAUGGAUGACCAUUUAGUGAAAAUUUCUGAAGGCAAAAAGAAAAUUAAUUUUUUUCGACAGAUACGAAAUACUUCAAACAUAUUUUAUUGAAAAAAUAAAAUUUGGAAGAAUCAGAUUUGUUUGAAAAUAACGGUUCUUACAUUGAUUACAUGUUCUCUGUUAUAACUAGCGCACUCUAUAUUUUCACUGCAAGAACAUAAAAAGCUUUUUGAAGUUUAAAAAAGCUCUUAGCUGAGUAAAUCAAGUCGAAGAGACAUUGACAUAGUGUGUCAAUUAGAGGAGACCUUUUGAGUUUAUAAACUAUUACAACAGAUGUGGCUACGUUUGAAUACUUAAAAAUUAAAAUUAAAAUCUUAUUCGUUCCUUAGUUGUGUUCAUAAAAACAGCAGUGCUGUUGAAAUUUUAUUAAAUUGUCAAUUA